UUUUUCUCUCUCCAGUUCCAGAGACCCAAUGACUUCUCACCCCCUUUCCGCUUUGGGACUGUGCCCAAUGGCAGCACAGAAAGGAAUAUCCGCAAUAACUAUGCAGAAAUGCAUGCCUACAUGGGAAAGUUCAACCAGAGGGGAGUAGAUGAUGCCUUGCUCUCCCUGAAAACAGGGAAACUGGAUGCCUUCAUCUAUGAUGCAGCAGUGCUGAACUACAUGGCAGGUCGAGAUGAAGGCUGCAAGCUCGUGACUAUUGGCAGCGGGAAAGUCUUUGCUUCCACUGGCUAUGGCAUUGCCAUCCAAAAGGAUUCUGGGUGGAAGCGCCAGGUGGAUCUUGCUAUCUUGCAGCUCUUUGGCGAUGGGGAGAUGGAAGAGCUGGAAGCUCUCUGGCUCACUGGCAUUUGCCACAACGAGAAGAAUGAGGUCAUGAGCAGCCAGCUGGACAUUGACAACAUGGCAGGAGUCUUCUACAUGUUGGGGGCAGCCAUGGCUCUCAGCCUCAUCACCUUCAUCUGCGAACACCUUUUCUAUUGGCAGUUCCGGCACUGCUUUAUGGGUGUCUGUUCUGGCAAGCCUGGCAUGGUCUUCUCCAUCAGCAGAGGUAUCUACAGCUGCAUCCAUGGAGUGGCUAUCGAGGAGCGCCAAUCAGUGAUGAAUUCCCCCACCGCAACCAUGAACAACACACACUCCAACAUCCUGCGCCUGCUCCGCACAGCCAAGAACAUGGCUAACUUGUCUGGUGUCAAUGGCUCCCCACAGAGCGCCCUGGACUUCAUCCGACGCGAGUCAUCUGUCUAUGACAUCUCCGAGCACCGCCGCAGCUUCACACAUUCCGACUGCAAAUCCUACAACAACCCACCCUGCGAGGAGAACCUUUUCAGUGACUAUAUCAGUGAGGUGGAGAGAACUUUUGGUAACCUACAGCUGAAGGACAGCAACGUGUACCAAGAUCACUAUCACCAUCACCACCGGCCCCACAGCAUUGGCAGUACCAGCUCCAUUGACGGGCUCUAUGACUGUGACAACCCACCCUUCACCACCCAGCCAAGGUCCAUUAGCAAGAAGCCCUUGGACAUUGGCCUAGCCUCCUCCAAACACAGCCAGUUAAGUGACCUGUACGGCAAGUUCUCCUUCAAGAGCGACCGCUACAGUGGCCAUGAUGACUUGAUCCGCUCUGAUGUCUCUGACAUCUCCACCCACACUGUCACCUAUGGAAACAUUGAGGGCAAUGCUGCCAAAAGGCGUAAGCAGCAAUAUAAGGACAGCCUGAAGAAGCGGCCAGCCUCGGCCAAGUCCCGACGGGAAUUCGAUGAGAUCGAGCUGGCCUAUCGCCGCCGACCACCCCGCUCCCCUGAUCACAAGCGCUACUUCAGGGACAAGGAAGGGCUACGGGAUUUCUACCUGGACCAGUUCCGAACAAAGGAGAACUCACCUCAUUGGGAGCAUGUGGACCUGACGGAUAUCUACAAGGAACGGGGUGAUGACUUUAAGCGCGACUCAGUUAGUGGUGGAGGACCCUGUACCAACAGGUCACACCUCAAGGGUGACAAACACAGUGUGGUCAGUGGGGUGCCAGCACCUUGGGAGAAGAACCUGACCAACAUGGAUUGGGAAGACCGAUCUGGGGGCAACUUCUGCCGCAGCUGCCCCUCGAAGCUGCACAACUACUCCACCACGGUGGCAGGACAGAACUCGGGCAGGCAGGCAUGCAUCCGGUGUGAGGCUUGCAAGAAGGCAGGUAACCUGUAUGACAUCAGCGAGGACAACUCCCUGCAGGAGCUGGACCAGCCAGCUGCCCCCGUGGCAGUGACGUCAAAUGCCUCCACCACCAAGUAUCCUCAGAGCCCAACUAAUUCCAAGGCCCAGAAGAAGACCCGGAACAAACUGCGCCGGCAGCACUCCUAUGACACCUUCGUGGACCUGCAGAAGGAAGAAGCCGCCUUGGCCCCGCGCAGCGUGAGCCUGAAAGACAAGGGUCGUUUCCUGGAUGGGAGUCCCUAUGCCCACAUGUUUGAGAUGCCAGCUGGUGAGAGCACGUUUGCCAACAACAAGUCCUCAGUGCCCACUGCCGGACACCACCACCACAACAACCCCGGCAGCAGCUACAUGCUCAGCAAGUCGCUCUAUCCUGACCGGGUCACGCAAAACCCUUUCAUCCCCACUUUUGGGGAUGACCAGUGCUUGCUCCAUGGCAGCAAAUCCUACUUCUUCAGGCAGCCCACGGUGGCGGGGGCACCGAAAGCCAGGCCAGACUUCCGGGCCCUUGUCACCAACAAGCCGGUGGUCUCGGCCCUUCAUGGGGCUGUACCAGGCCGUUUCCAGAAGGACAUCUGUAUAGGGAACCAGUCCAAUCCCUGUGUGCCUAACAACAAAAACCCCAGGGCUUUCAAUGGCUCCAGCAAUGGGCAUGUUUAUGAGAAACUUUCUAGUAUUGAGUCUGAUGUCUGA